CCCCGUUUUCAAGCGAAACCGCUGAUGACGCCGUUCCGCUCCUCUCGGCGACCCGGAAGCGCCGAGGCGCGCCCCGCCCCCUGACCCGGAAGCUCCUCCCCGCUGUCUUUCCGAGCCGGCCCUGGAAGGAGGAGAAAUGCAAGAGGAGGGAGAGUGAGAGGGAAACACAGCCUCUACCUCACCGUGUACUUGCACAUGCUUUUAUCUGUCUGUUUAUGAUUAAAGUGAUGACCUGCCAAGAAGUAUAAAUCCAGCAUGUUAAGUAUAUGAUUCUGUGAAGUACUCUUGUGAGAUCUAAACUCCAGAUCCCUUGUCCCUUGAGGGUACGUUGACAUCUGUCUGAUACUAGACUGGUGAAUAGGAAGAAGGUCCCAUCUCUGGCCUGUUUGUGGAAGCUGGGAUGAUGAAGGCACUGCAGUGGGAACGUGCUGUGGUACAGGGUUGAAGCUCCAGCCCAUGUCUGGUAGUUAUAGAGCAAUUGGAAGGGUUACGUGCAGAGUUCUGGUAAAGAUGGAAGAAUCUCAUUUCAACUCCUCCCCGUACUUCUGGCCAGCAGUGCCCACCGUCUCGGGACAGAUUGAGAACACCAUGUUUAUUAACAAGAUGAAGGAGCAGCUACUGCCCACAGAGAAGGGCUGCAGCCUGGCUCCCCCCCACUACCCUGCCUUGCUGACGGUCCCCACCUCUGUGGCCCUGCCCACUGGUAUCUCCAUGGACUCGGACACCAAGCCAGAGCAGCUGACACCACACAGCCAAGCCCCUGUGACUCAGAACAUCACUGUGGUACCAGUGCAGUCUGCUGGGCUCAUGACAGCAGGUCCUGGUCUGGUGAUAACUUCCCCGUCAGGUUCUCUGGUGACCACAGCCGCCUCUGCCCAAACCUUUCCCAUCUCAGCUCCCAUGAUUGUCUCUGCGCUACCCCCUGGCUCCCAGGCAGCCCUGCAGGUGGUUCCAGACCUGUCCAAGAAAGGGACAACCACCCUCACUGAAGGUGGAGGGGGUGGCGGGGGUGGGGGAGUUGCCCCCAAACCACCCCGGGGCCGGAAGAAGAAACGAUUGCAGGAGUCAGGGCUGCCAGAGAUGAGUGACCCCUUUGUGCUGACAAACGAGGAUGAUGAGGACCAGCACAAGGAUGGCAAGACAUACAGUAGUUCCGUGAGCAGCGGAACUAAUGAUGCCUGGUUUCCAGCGGCUCUCUCCUGUGUGGAUUCUCUGAUGUCUAAUCAAGGGUGCCGGAUGUGUUCGCUGACCUUCUACUCCAAGUCGGAGAUGCAGAUCCACUCCAAGUCCCAUACGGAGACAAAGCCACACAAGUGUCCUCACUGCUCCAAGAGCUUCGCCAACAGCUCCUACCUGGCCCAGCACAUUCGCAUCCACUCAGGGGCCAAGCCCUACACGUGCAGCUACUGCCAGAAGGCCUUCCGCCAGCUCUCCCACCUGCAGCAGCACACACGGAUCCACUCCAAGCUCCACACGGCGAUUGUCAAGCCGCACAAGUGUCCUCACUGCUCCAAGAGCUUCGCCAACACAUCCUACCUGGCCCAGCACCUCCGCAUCCACUCGGGGGCCAAGCCCUACACCUGCCGCUACUGCCAGAAGGCCUUCCGCCAGCUCUCCCACCUGCAGCAGCACACACGUAUCCACACCGGGGACCGACCCUACAAAUGUGCUCACCCUGGGUGUGAAAAGGCUUUCACCCAGCUUUCCAACUUGCAGUCCCACAGACGGCAGCACAACAAAGACAAACCUUUCAAGUGCCACAACUGCCACCGUGCGUACACGGAUGCUGCCUCGUUGGAGGUACACCUGGCUACGCACACGGUGAAACACGCCAAGGUCUACACCUGCUCCAUCUGCAGCCGGGCCUACACCUCGGAGACGUACCUGAUGAAGCACAUGCGGAAACACAACAUCCCUGACCCACAGCAGCAGGUGGUUCAGGCACAAGCCCAGGCCUCGCAGCAGCAGCAGCACUUCCAGCCGCAGGGCGGGGGGGCAGCAGGGGGCCCUUCUGGAGACACUAACCAACCCAACCCUCCCCCCCAGUGCUCCUUUGACCUGACUCCUUACAAGACUUCAGAGCAUCACAAGGACAUCUGCCUCACUGUCAGCACCAGCGCCAUCCAAGUGGAGCACCUCUCCAGCUCCUAGAGAGACCUCAACCCAGGGAGCAGAACGCCUCUUGUGCAUAGCCUGUGCCAGGGGCACCGCUUGUGCAGCGGCCCUCCUCGUGCAACAGUUUCCGGCCUCUCCUCCUGCAACAGCCUCUUCUGGCCGUGUAACCCUGUUCAUGGCAGCCCCUUGAACAACAGCCUGUCUCAAGGGGGUGCUCCUUCUGUGCAACAGCCUGCCUGGUAGGAGGAUGCUUCCUUGUGCAAGAGCCCCUUUCCUGUGCUGGGAUCACUUCCUCAUGCAAGAGCCCCUCCUUUGAAACCCAAAGAAAGGCCCCUGUUUUGCCUUCUCUCUCACUGUAGGAUGUGUACGAAGCGGGGUUGCGUGUUGAGGCACGCAUGGUGGAUGGGAUGGAGAGACGGCCCUUGUAUGUACAGGGGCUUGGACACGUGUUUUUAGCAGGCCACAGAAGAAUGUGGCAGGGUUCACAGCUGGAUGGGGUUCUUUGAGGAUUGCCUUGAGUGUCCAAGAGAGAAAUAUCCAUUCCUGUCCCUCCUGCUUGUGAAAGGGAGGAGGGGUCGCUCGUCCUGCCCCAAGGACUGGAUGGGAGAAACCUUCUCCCCAGUGGAAGGUGAGACCAGUGGAGGGGGGAGAGGUGAGGCAUGUUCUCUGGGAUGGACAGGUGCCUACACUGCCCAAGGGCUGUGGAGUAUUGCAUUCUUUCUCCUCCCCUGGUGGAGAGCAAUAGAGAGGAGUCUGUCUGAACUGGCUGCUGCCUCUCUCUCCCAGCUGUCUGAGCAGCACGAUGGCCCCGUAGGAAUGUGGGUUCCUGCUCAUUGCUCUUCCUGCCUGUUGUGGAUGAUAUCCUAGCAGCUUGUACUCCUCCUCCUCUCCCUCCUGCUUUUCCCCUCACCUCCUCAGAAAAGCCUGCAGGCAUCAACAACAAACCAAAAAGCAACUGGAGGGAGGGUAAGAGACUGCCAAAAUAAUCAUCACCCUUUUCUCUAUUCCCUUUCCUGAAAGGCGGAAUGACAGCAGUUCUGACACUCACAUACCUGUCUUGCCCCCAGUUUCCCAAAGGGAAAGAGGAGGAGGAGGAAGAGGAGGAGGAAUAGACCAGUCUUUUCAAGGAGCUGGCAGGAGGCAGGGAAAGGCUAGCUUCUCCUGCUCAUCUCCUGCCAGAGUGUUCUCCCAGGCUCCCUCUUGCCAAGACGGGCUGGACUCACAUGGCAGUGGUGGCCUCUUCUGGACCCUGGUCAUGGGAGAGAAUCCCCAAAAGGUGGACAGUGGAGAGAAGGGGAUGAAGAUCCCUACAGAGAGACCAAUCUAAUGAGAAGGGGGAGCCAACAAGAAUAAACUGAAGGCCCCUUGAAUUUAUAUAUAUAUAUAUAUAUAUAAAUAUCUAUUCCCCACCCCUGGCCCGCUCUGUCCUUGCUGUAACUGUUUCUAUCUCUGUGUUUAUAAAACGCAUUAUCCUGGCGAAUUUUUAUUUUCAAUCUUCGUUUGUUUUUCCCUUUCUCUUCGUCUUCAAUUCUUCUUCCUCUUUUUUUUUUUUUUUUUUAAAUUGGUCCACAUGACUGCUAGUCUUGUGUGUUACUUGUUAGUUUCUUUGGAUCAUGGAGGCUGACUUGGAAGAGAAUGAGAAGGCAAGGGAAAAAGCAUGUAUUGUUGGGUUUUAAAAUCAGUCACCCACCCAAAGCCUAUAGAAUCCCAGACUUCUGUAUGAACAACCAAUAGGGGCUUCUAUUUUUUUUUUUUUUAACCACCCUGUAUAGAAAUAAAUUGGUGUAAAAGGCUCCUCAAA